AUGCUCGCUCGCACCGCGCGCUCUCUCGCUGAGCGCGUCGAGCGUAACCGCGCCCUCGUUUGCACCGUCUCCGGCUCCGCGAAUCGCGCGUUCGCGGCUUCAACGAAAGAGACAAGCGAAGAAUCAAACUUGAAGUUUCCAAAAACUGAAAAACCGAAUACCAAGCCGAAGCGCGACCUCGCGAACCCGGUCGUCGCCGAGUCCAUUCGACGAAAGAAAUUGGCGAAGGGCAUCGUGGAUGACCGCCUGCCCCCGCCGCCGCUGUGCGCAGAGUGCGGGAGACGGUUCUGUCGGUGCGCGCGCGGAGCGCCGGAGAAGCCACGCGAACCGCUCGACACGGAUUGCUGUCACAGCGAACCGAGGUGUAAGUUUUGUGUCUUCGUGGUGUAUCGAGAGUUACUGGAGGAGUACGAAAACGCCCAGCGCGGGUCGUCGUAG